CCGUCCCAUUUCGGCUUAUCAUUUCCCUACUCUCGGCCUGCGGCCAUAAGCACAGACUCUUGGAAACUUUUCGAAGUUCAGGUCCUCGAACCUCAAGUAAAGCUUAGCUUGGCUUUUCUUCAACUAUGAGAUAAUCGAGUCUGCUGCUCCGCUUUCAGUGAAUUUUUGAUCAAAAAAUUUUCAAUCAUGGAAGACUCGAUGCUUUACUUCUUCCUUUCCCUUUUUAUCCUCUUCCUUGUUUUUAAAAUUUUCCGAUCAAGAAUAUGCCACAGAAACCUCCCUCCAAGCCCACCUGCACUUCCAGUUAUCGGCCAUCUCCAUCUCCUAAAACCACCUAUGCACCGCACUCUCCAAACUCUCGCUAAAAAAUACGGCCCCAUCUUCUCCCUCCGCUUCGGACGCCGCCUCGUUGUUGUCAUCUCAUCUUCAUCUGCCGUUGAGGAAUGCUUCACCAAGAAUGACGUUAUUUUAGCCAACCGUCCACAAUCUCUAGUAGGCAAGUACAUAUGUUAUAACAACACUACCAUUUCUCAAUCCUCCUAUGGCGAACACUGGCGCAACCUCCGCCGUAUUGCAGCCAUUGAGGUCUUCUCCACUCAUCGCCUGAAUAUGUUUCUGGGGAUCCGAAAAGAGGAAAUCAAGCGAUUAAUCACAAAGCUAUCACGCGAGUCACUGCAAGAUUUUACCAAGGUAGAGCUGAAAUCAAUGUUUAAAGAGCUAGCAUUUAACGUUAUGGUGAGGAUGAUUGCAGGGAAAACGUAUUAUGGAGAAGAUGUAAGUGACGAGGAAGAGGCAAGACAAUUCAGAGAGAUAACGGGUGAGAUAGUUUCUAAUGCAGGGGCAGCAAAUCGAGGGGAUUAUUUUCCAAUCUUGAAUUGGAUUGAUGGUGGUAGGUUUGAGAAGAAGUUGAAAAGACUUGGAAAAAGGUCUGAUGAAUUCUUGCAACGUUUGAUUGAUGAACACAGAGGCAAGAAGGAGAAUUUAGAGAGCAUGAACACUAUGAUUGAUCAUCUUCUUUCUUUGCAAGAAUCAGAACCUGAAUAUUACACGGAUGAGAUUAUUAAAGGGCUCAUAUUGAACUUGCUAUUUGCCGGAACGGACACAUCAGCGGUGACAUUAGAAUGGGUGAUGUCCAAUCUACUCAACCAUCCAAACACACUGAGGAAGGCCAGAGAUGAAAUAGAUAAUCAAGUUGGCCAGGAAUGCUUACUAGAUGAACUUCAUCUUUCCACAUUACCAUACCUUCAAAAGAUCAUCGUCGAGACCCUACGAUUAUACCCAGCAGCACCACUUCUCCUCCCUCACGUAUCAUCUGACAAUUGCAGUAUCGGAGGAUAUGACUUGCCACGUGAUACAAUGGUGUUGGUAAAUGCAUGGGCCAUACAUAGGGAUCCUUUGCUUUGGGAUAAUCCAUUGAGUUUUAAGCCUGAGAGAUUUGAUAACGGAGAAGGCGACGGUGAUGGCUUCAAGCUUAUACCAUUUGGACUGGGGCGAAGGGCUUGUCCAGGGACAGGUCUAGCCCAUCGCCUGGUGGGUUUAGCUUUGGGGACAUUGAUUCAAUGCUUUGAAUGGAAGAGGGUCACUGACAAGGAAAUCGACAUGUUCGAAGGCAGAGGGCUUACUAUGCCUAAGGUUGGGCCGCUAGAGGCCUUGUGCAAAGCACGCCCAAUCAUGAACAAGAACCUAUCUUGACAUCAUAGCAUGUCGAUGGCUACCAAUAAACUAUGAAGACUUUCAUUGUCAUGCAUUAAUUGUGGAUGUUUGGUAUAAUGUAUUUACGGAAAAUUCUAGCCUGCACUCGAAAUAUUAAAAUAUAAUAAUCUCUAUAGAUAUAUAAUACAAUUAUUUUCUGAAUUAAAGAA